AUGUCGCAUAUCCCAACCCAGAGUGGCGGCGCCUGGAAUGAAAUGACAGUCGUGAAGGUAAACCGUGUGAUGCAGAUUGCCUUCGAGAAUGACCUACCUCUUAUUUCAUUAGUCCAAUCGGCGGGUGUCUUUCUUCCCCAGCAGUUCCGAGUAUUCCACAAGGGUGGCCAGCUCUUCCGUGAUCUCGCAGUCCGCACUGCGCACGGAAAGCCGUCGUGUGCGAUUGUGUUUGGCUCCUCAACUGCCGGCGGUGCCUAUCAUCCUGCGCUCUCAGACUAUACGAUCUUUGUCGAAAACCAAGCCCAGGCAUUCCUCGGAGGUCCCCCACUGGUGAAGAUGGCUACGGGGGAGGUGAUUGGGGCCGAGGAAUUGGGCGGAGCCAGGGUUCACGCGACGAUUACCGGCCUGGCUGACCAGAUUGCGGUGGACGAAUUUGACGCCAUUGUCAAGGCUCGGGAAUGGGUUGCCUCGCUCCACGAACGAUCCCCGCUAUUGCCUGCGCUGAUCCCACCGGUCGCUCCACGAUAUCCCGUUGAAGAUCUCCUGUCGAUUGUGAACCCGGAUAUCCGCAAACCUUUCGACAUGCAGGAGGUAUUGCUGCGGAUUGUCGAUGAUUCGCGUCUAUCCUUGUUCAAACCCAAGUAUGGACCGAAUAUGAUAACAGCAUGGGCGCAUAUUCUAGGUAUGUUUUUCACAAUGCUAACCUGUGGGAUGCCUUUAACAUGGAACUAG